AUGGCGGAGGAUGGUCUGCUGGGAUACAUGCGGCCGGCUGGUCACCGCGUCAUCAAAGUCCCCCCAAAGAGUGACGUGCUGGUGUGGGUCAGCAGGGGUUGGGCUCGGUUGGGCCCAAGAGAAACAGACUACCGCGCCCUGGUGGAAGCGCUGCCAGAGACCGGCAACGUGGGAGUAGCCAGAAUGCUGGCAAUGGUUAAAAAUGGCAGAGUCCCUAUGAGAAUUUGUAACCCACACCCCUACCAUCUGACUCUAGGUCGGUACCAGAAGCUUGGCAAGCUGUACCACGUAGAUGAAGCUGAUGUGCAUGGACCUAGUGACCUGAAUCUAUCCCUGGAAGGUGACUGUAAAUGGAUCCAGUGUGAGUGGGCGCGAGCUGUCCGACGGAGCAAAACCGUGGCGCUGACGGACCCCGGCGUGCAAGGAGUGCUCUCAGAACCCGAUCCUGCCGACAACGCCAAAAUUUGCAUGCAAGGAGUGGAUGAUGUGACCCAGCAUGGCAGAGGUUUGGCCCUGGCUGACUUCAAUGGCGAUGGAAAGACAGACAUCGUCUACGGCAACUGGAAUGGCCCACACAGACUUUUCCUGCAGGGCAGCAACUCUAAAUUUCGGAACAUAGCCACUAGAGAAUUUGCUACUCCCUCGCCCAUACGCACGGUCAUCGCUGCUGACUUUGACAACGACAAGGAGCUGGAGGUGUUUUUCAACAAUAUAGCCUACAAUGGCCUCUCCCCUAACAGGCUGUUCAGGGUGUCAAGGAGGGCAGAUGCAGACCCUUUGAUUCAGGUGCUUAAUGUGGGCGACGCUGCAGAGCCUCAGGGACGAGGAACAGGUGGCACUGUGACAGACUUGGACGGGGACGGACAGCUGGACCUGCUGCUGGCACAUGGAGAGAGCGCCAGGCAGCCAAUCUCUGUCUUUAAGGUCACGCAGGGCUCAUCCAACAACUGGCUGCGGGUCAUCCCUCGCACCCGGUUUGGCGCUUUCGCCCGAGGAGCCAAGGUCACGGCCUUCACCAGUCAGAGCGGAGCUCACACUCGCAUCAUCGACGGAGGCUCUGGGUAUCUGUGUGAGAUGGAGCCUGUCGCCCACUUUGGUUUAGGAAACGAUCAGGUCACGGUGCUGGAGGUCUCCUGGCCAGAUGGCAGCUCCUUCACUCGAACCCUGCAGCCUGGUGAAAUGAACUCAGUGGUGGAAGUCACCUAUCCCAAAGAAGGGGAAACAGCUGUGCUUGCCAACGACACGCAGUGUGGUAAAGGUUUUACCGUGCAGAGUGGCCAGUGUGCAGGUCUGUGAGGAUAAUCAGAUGGAGUUCCAUAUACGAACUUUCUGAGCAAAAUGCAAAGCUGUUAAAGAAAACCUGAUUUUAGAAUGCUUUGUUUUAUCUGUACUUUAAGGACAGUCCUUUUUCUCUUUACUCUAUGGGUAGCUUUAAUAUUUUCUUUCUUUUUUUAACUAAAAAUGUCUUUAGUAAACUGCAACAAAUCAGUAUGGUGAUGGUAUGGAUUAUCAUCGAUUGCAACAAAUAAAGUCUUCGGUACUUAGA